AUGAAGGCCGCCGUCGCCUCGGGCGUCCCGGAGCCGAGCUUCCGGUGCGUGGCCGAGGGCGUGGAGCUGUCCAGCGAGGUGCUGGACCUCGUCAGAAGCCUGAUCACCCGCGACCCAGAGGAGAGCGCCCCUGCGCCGCCGCGGCGCUGCACCACCCCUGGCUCGCCCCCGAGGCGCAGGGGCCGCAUCGGCCGCACACUCGCUGAAGGCGGCUCUGAGCGCGGCCAAGAAGGUGGGCGCGUUCACCAGCAAGCACCGCACCGACGAGGCUUGCCCCAGAUCGCUCGAUGCCAUGGACCUGGCGCUUCAGGAGCUGCAGUGCAGGCACCAGCAGCAGGACAGCGCUUCGGCCUGGGCCCCCGCGGCAAGGAGGAGGACGAGGAGACCAGGACGCCCUCGGGGGGCUCCGCCUCGCCCAAGAGGACCGCGAGGAGGAGCAAACACGAGGGGGGGGGGUCAUCUCAGGGUCACGGGUGCUUGCCCUGCCAGCGGGCCAGGAGUUGA